CGGAGACCUACGUCCGGAGAUUGAGUAGUAAAAAAAAACAAAUCGCGCCAACAUCUUAACCUAGAAACCAAGAAAUCGAGUGUUCUUCGCUUACAUAAAAGUAACUUUGUGUGCCCAGCGGCAAUUUUUAUGUAACAUGCUGUAAUAAAGUUAUGCAACUCAUUACGACUUCAUAAUUUGGCGGUUCCGAUACUCCGCAGUCCGCCAAUCGCCAUGACAGUGCGCGCGCUUUCAAUUUGACGUUUGUGUUUUUUUUUUCUCUGUGAGUGCCAGUGUUUUUGUGCUUGUGACCAAGAAGGAUCUAUAUAGAAAUGUCAACACAAUAGAGAACAAAUGGCGUCUAGGAUUGACAGUGACAUAGCGCGCGAAGUGUCAAGCGAUUUGGAUAAGUGCAGGAAGAUGUUGCAGCCCGAUAGUGCCGAAACUAUCGAUAAAACCGUCGAUGUUAUGAGCAUCGAUUUCUCGAAGAACAAAAUAAUCGAUUCAAAUAUGAAUGAGAAAAAUCUAGCGAGAUCGGAGAUACAACGAUUUUACGAUGGGAAAAAUGUUCUAAUUACUGGAGCUACAGGUUUCUUGGGCAAAAUACUGGUGGAGAAACUCCUGAGAAGCUGCCCGGGUGUAGAAAAUCUGUAUCUGUUAGUUCGCCAGAAGCGUGGCAAAGAUAUCUACAGUCGAAUGGAAGAAAUAUUUGAUGACCCGAUGUUCGAUCGUCUCAAGGAAGUAAUGCCGAAGUUUCGUCAUAAAAUAGUUGUGGUCCCAGCUGAUUGUGAAUCAUAUGGUCUUGGUCUCGCCAUAACUGACCGACAGAUGCUGAUUGAAAAGGUAAACGUCAUAUUCCACUCGGCAGCUACGGUAAAGUUUGACGAACAUUUACGUGCGGCGUUGGCGACUAAUGUGCAGGCUCCUUUAUAUCUUCUGGAUCUAGCAAGGAAUAUGAAAGGCUUAAAGGUCUUCAUGCACAUAUCGACGGCUUAUUCAAACUCCCAUCUAUCGAGGGUUGAAGAGAAAUACUAUCCAUGUGAAGCAGACAGCGCGCAACUACAGCAGAUGAUAGACAAAUUGACCGAUAAACAAAUUACCACGCUGCUACCAAAAGUUCUCGGCAAAUGGCCCAACACGUAUACCUUUACAAAAGCGUUGACUGAGAAGGAGCUGAGAAAACAUUGUUCUGGUGUUCCCCUCAGCAUAUUUAGACCAGCUAUAGUGACCUCAACAGCAAGGGAACCAUUGAAAUGUUGGUUGGACAAUAUGUACGGUCCCACGGGAGUUGCUGUGGGCAGUGUUACAGGAAUGCUAAGGACCAUUCAGGUGAACCGGGAUAUGACGGCUGACCUAGUCCCCGUGGACUUCGUGGUAAAUGCCCUCAUAGCUGCCUCAUAUAGCGUGAGCCAGGCGUACAACACUAGUGUGAAACCUCAAGAACCACCAAUCUUCAACUUUGUGAGCUCCGUGGAAAACAGGAUGACUUGGGGAGAUUUCUUUAACCAGAAUAUGAAACGGGUGGACAGACAACCCGUCUCAAAUGCUGUUUGGUACAUAUCAUUAACGUUGACGAAAUCAGCACUGAUAAACCGGAUCAAUAUGAUCUUCCUUCACUUUAUUCCUGCUGUAAUCCUGGAUUUCUUGUCCUUGUGCGUCGGAAGGAAACCUCAAAUGCUUAAGGUGUAUCGUAAGAUUCAUAAGUUCUCGUCAGUUAUAAGUUACUUCACUACAAAGGAGAUAUAUUUCUGUAACCGGCGGACCCAAGAACUAUGGAACACCACGUCAGAUCUUGAUAAACAGAUAUUUCCAUUCAGCAUGAAAGAUAUCAAUUGGGACGAAUACUUCGAGUACUACCUGCAGGGUAUUCGGCAGUAUUUAUUCAAGGAGUCAGAGGAUACUGUACCUCAAGCCAGGAUUAAAUGGAGAAGGUUAUAUUAUCUACAUCAGAUAGUAAGGGUAACAUUCUUUGCAUUUGUGAUAUAUUUAAUAUGGACAAUAUUAGAUAGGUUGAUAUAAUUAAUAUUGUAAUGCAAGAUUAGUAACGCAUAAUAUACCCCUGCACGCACAAAACUGAAGACUGAUGUAACAUUUACUCGGUUAUCAGUUGUAGUAAAUGAUUGUUUCGAGCUGCGACAAGUGAAAUGGUUGGUCUUUCGUGAUAAGAAGUAACCCAGUGUUUUGGCGGCAAAAGAAAAGCAUCAUAAUACUGAAUUAUGACAGUUUUUUGAAACUGCAAACAACAAAGGUAACUUUGAUGUUGGUAACUUUGUGUUUUCUUCUAUAUACGUAUAUACAAGAAAGUGGAAACUUCCACAAUCUGCAACAAUAUCAAUAAAACUCCUGUUUUCUUUAAAUCAAGUAUAUGGCGAUCAAUUCUCACUAUGAGAUUACCAAUAACCAGCGCGUUGCAAGUGUACAUAGAAAUGUAAUGUACUUAUGUAUGGCACAUAACAUUUAUUUUAUCUUCUUAUUUAGAUUUCUGUGAUAAUUAAGAAUGUCUUCUUAAGAAAGGAUAGGAAGAUAUUGCGGUCUUCUAUUGGCCUUUCAUGAAAUAUACGCCUAGGUGUCGACCUUUAUCAACACUUCCAAAUAUAAAUAAUCCUUUUGUGAUAUUAAUUUUUUUAAUUUUUCAAACAAAAUUCUCGACUGUUUUCUUAUAGAUUUUAACCUGUAUCUCUCUGUUUUGCUUUGUUUGUUAUUUUUGUCUUUGUAAGCGCAAGAUUACUUCAAACAGUAUUUAAAUCGGCUUAAUCAAAUAGGGCAAAAACAGAAUCUUUAUAUAAAAAUCCGGUAAAAUACAGAAAAAAUAAAACAGUCUGACACAGAAUAUGUUCUACCAAUUCAGUCUCUAAAAUUUCGUGACAAUUAGUUUAGUUUUGUAGGAGGAAAUAGUCGAGAACUAAAUUGCCGAUUAUUUUUGUUUUUUACUCAUGAUAUUUAGUCAGACCUGCAGUUAUACUUAUCGCACUUAUUAUUACCACAACUGCGUUAGAGUAACAAAAAUAUUAGGUUUGAAUUCUUAAAACUGAGGAAGGCCUCAAACCUCUUAACCUAGGAAGUUUCAUAGUAGAACUGAGGGAUAUUAAAAGAAUAAGUUAAAGGCUCCAUGACCAAAAUAUUUACGUCACUUAUUACGAUUGAUGUUAUAUUUUUGCAAUCUGUUGCAUAAAACAGAAAUAUCUGUCCGCCAAACGUCGAACGUUGACGAUACCAAUUUAACAUUUACCGUGUCAAUGCAAUUAUUGUGUUUUAAACUCAUUAUUUUAUGCGUUAUUACUCUGUAAUACUAUACUCUGCAUUGUUCUAUUCCAAUUUUAUGUAUUACUUUCAGACUCAGGACUUAUUUUACUAGUAUCACUGUAUUUACAAUAAUCUAAUAUUAUUCACUCGCUGCCCACACAAACAAUUUGUGCCCUAGUCAUGUUCGUUGGAUUAUCAACAGUAACAACUUAUCCUAACAGCAGAUAUCAUUCGAUCUAGGGCAUAUGACAUUAGUGUUGUAAAUCAUUUCGAAAAUUUAAGUGGAUAUAGUGAAGUUGAGUUUUAAACAUAUGUAUUUAUAAACCAUCUAUGUAAUGGCUGCUGUACACAUUGAGCUAGGAUUGGAGAUUUGAGCUUCGGUUUUCUUGGUCCCACAUCAAAGGAUCUCCGCAAAUAGUGUUGUUGGUGGUCGUUUUCGCCCUUGUAUCAAGUAUCAGGUUAAACUCCUAAAAGUACUUAGGAGUCUUUAAGUAAAGAAAAUCAUCAAAUUAUGCAAGAAAAAUUAUGGUAGAGUAAACUAUGGCAUGUUAGGACUUCUUUGGCGCCGGUUUUAAGUUUGGCCCACAUUUUAGUAAUAACUAAGCGUACUAUAGGGACAAAUAAAUUGCAUCGGCUGAAUAGUCUUGCAAUGAGCAACCGCCAUUUAGGGAUACAUCUUAGUCCAAUGUGUACAGCAAUCAAUUAGAUGUACAAAGCAAACAAAAAAAUGUUAUUCAAAAUAAUCAGAUAUUAGAAUCGGCAAUGUGAUAGUGAUUUUGUAUUUGUUUUAAAAAAAUGUACCUGUUUUCAACUUCAGGUGUAUUGCAAUCUCGUUGCCUUUCGGUUUCAAACUAAAUUGGUUGAGAACAAUUGCUCAAUAGUGUAGUGAAACAUUGAUGUAGAUAGAUGGGUUGCAUUUUACAAUUAGCUAGACUAGAUAUAUAAAUAAUUGUAAUAGUUUGCUAGAACAGAUUUGAAAUUAUUAAUAAUUGAAAUAUCUUAUACACUUUACAUGCCCUAUUGUGUUUGCUAUAAAUUCUGUGAAAAUAUAUAAGUGUAUGGUUAUUUCAAUUAUGUUAGAUAGAUGUGAUAAUAUAAUAAAGCAUUAUAGAUAUAUGUAUUUAUACAAAUAUUAUAUGAGAAAUAGAUCAGCUAUGUUUUAAGACAAUAAUACAGUAAAAUCGCUCAUUGCGAAUGAAUUUCUUGGUCUUCCCUGUUUAAGUUGAUAUGUCAGCGUAAUAAUUAUUCUGAAUAUUACGUACCUCAACAAAUAUUAACAAGUUAAAGAAAUGUUUUUCCAAAAUAAAUAAUAUCCGCAAGCAAACAUUUAAUUUUUAUUAAAAAAAAGCGAUGAAAAAUACACUGUUUAGAAGAAAAUUAUAAACAAUGUCAGUCGUGGAUUGUAUCCUUUACUAGUAAAAAGGAAAAUUAUCGAUAAACAACCGACACAUCACUAUAAAAGGUACGAGUGGUUGGUACGGUUUGUGGCGACUGUGGUUCUCGCUACUCUGAUUUGAAAUUUGCAGCGCAAUUUAAAAAUAUAUCGCAAAUAUUGUAACUUUAGGUUUACAUGAUUACAAUGUAACUGAAGUGGCAUGGUCGCUAAUUUCGUCUUCAUGUCACGCGCAGUUGCUUCGAUGUCCUUCCAUUAAACGGCUCUCCAAAUUUCCAGUCAUCUAUGUCCAUUACCUGGGUUCCUGUAUCCGAUUUCUUACUUUUCUUAUCUGGUGCUGGAGUGCUGACUUUUAGCAGCUAGCAUACGACGACUUAUAUUAAAUAAAUUGGAAGAUUUCAUCUUUUAAUAUUUUCUUUUCCAACGCUCUCUUUUUAAUAUCUGUUAUGAGAUCAGAAAAUUUCCUUCCAUCAUUACACAAUAAAAAAAUUAACGAACUUAAAAAAAUCGCUGUGAAGCUAUAACGUCUAUAUAAAUACCUAUUCACUUAAAGACGGAAAUACAAUAUUUGUCAAUCGACAAUAUUAUAAUUAAAUUCAGUAUGUGGGGCACUCAGAUUCAGUUGGAAUUAUCUAUUACAUAAUAUUAAUAUAAUUUCAUAAUAAUACAAUUGUUAAUUCAGAAUUAAUUUGUUUUUAUCUUAUUUUAACUAUAAUAUAUAAUAGUAAUAGUAUAAGGAAUAAUAUUAUAGUUAAAAUUAGAUAAUUCCUUAUACUUAUAUGUAUAUUUCAUACCAAUACUUCUUUAUUGAGGAGGACAUCAGAAUGAAUAUUAAGAAAAAAAAUGUUAUCUUGAAUUAUUAUAUUAAUGCACAAACAUUUUCCUGAAAUAAUUAUUACCAAUUUUUGUACAUUAUGUGAACAGUGAACCAUAUAGAUAUGAGCUAUAAAGUAUUAUGUAUCUAAAAGACCUAGUGUUAAUAUUUUUUAGUUUAAUAAAAGUUGUAUCUGCAUGUAAGGACUUCCACUGGCGUCGCUGAAAAUAGUCAAACCUACAGGGAUACACCUGAGUUACUCUAUCUUAACUGGAUUUAAGUCCCAAAGUAAACUCAAUUAUCUUAGAAGCUUACUGUAACAAUUUUAAUUGUUUAAGAUUAACCAAACGCUACCGAUAACAAUAAAUAUACAUGCCUAUAUUAAUUCUGCCUAUAAUUCGUUAUAUAUAUUUAAAUAGGUCUUUUGUGAUCUAUUGAUUUGCAUCAUACAGUAAUUGGUUAAGUUACAGCCAAAAAAUGUUUAUAUAUAAGUUUAGAGAAACAAUGUUUUGCAUUAAUCGUGACAAGAAUGUGUGUUGAUAUUGUUACGUUGUAAGUAUCAUUGAAUACACAUAUCUGUACAGUUAAGUUCAUUAUUUUAAUAAAUAGAUGGAAAUAUA